AUGAAACGAUCAAGCCCUCAACUUGGCCAGAGAAUCUCGCACGUCGCACCUCAUUCGUGGUUCCUGAAGCUUCAGAUUUUGAUCCGCCAACGAUGGCCGCCAGACCCAUGGGCGCCACCAGGCAGUUAGCUGUGUCUUCCCCUUCCACCACUGCCACAACCACCAUAACCAUUCAUACCAGUGAUCCAUCCUCUUCGUCUCAGAACCAAUCACAACAACAGCAUCAACAGGCCGAAGUCCUUUUCCUUCCCCUUAAUCGCAAGAAGAAAAAGGUCACCUGGAAAGAGGGCACCGUGGAUAACGAAUUUAUGCAGAAGAAGAGCUCCAAGAAGUGCUGUAUCUUUCACAAACAGAAACCCUUUGACGAAGACGAUAGCGAUGAAGAUGACGAGCACGGCGAUCAUCCUGAUAAACAUCCCCAUGACCAUGGUGAUGGUGGGUGCUGUUCUGCGAAUCAUGAUCAAGCUGGUCCCAGCGAUUAGGGUUAUAGAUUUAUAACAUUUUUUAACCAUUUAUGAAAUAUCAAUCAAAGGUUUUUUUUUUUUUCUCGUCUUCUUUUUCGUUAAGAAAAGGUUGAAUGGCCUACAAAAUUCUUCAUAUUUGAGCCUCGGAUUGUUCUGUAUAUUAACCUAUUGAAGUUUUGUGAAGAAAGGAUUAUAUGUUUAGUAUUCAAGCAAGGAUGAUAUGUUCGCUAAUUUUUAUGCUGAAAACUGCAAGAUCAUUCCCUUUUCUAAGAUUUUAUGGAAGGCUUUUGUUAUUGAGCAA